UGUCUGUACUGCCAUUCAAAGUUGAUUUAAUUUAUCUUUAAAAUGGAGAUGUGAAAGUUGAUGAGCAUCCAUAAAACUGUGAGCAGCUCCUAAAUUAAUUAAGAAUUACACAACCUCAACGAUUAAGAUGGCCAUGGAACUUUUGUAUUACAUUUGCUUUGGAAGGCCUAACUGGCUGGACUUUGCCCUUUGUCCCUGCAUUUCCUGACAUCUCAGCACAUGGGAAAUUCUCUGUGCUGCAGCACAUGGAGUGCUGAGGCUACACCACACGCUUGUUUUGAGCGAGUAGUAUCCAUCUGUGCUCGAAUGCAGGAGAGCACUUGUGAAAAAGUGGGCUCAGGACUUCGUAGGCUGUGUUCUGCGGGCGCGGGGAUGCCUCAGAAGUUUCGCAGACGGCACCGAUUCUUCUGUUCUCGGAGCGCUGGACUUGGCCAUUUCCAUCGCCCUCUCUGAAGGCAGCGUUACCGAACACCGCGCCCCGCCGGCGCACGGGCGAUGCCGACGGCCGGGGCCACGGCUUUGCCCUGCCGGUGGUCGGUCCCUGUCCCCAGUCGCACCGCAGGCGCGCAGGGAGCCCCGCGGGCCGCCCCUUGGAGGCGGCCGCCACCUCUUCUUAGGAGCCGGGGGAACGGCCCGGGCAGCACCACCCUCCCUCUCACUGUACUGCGGAGGAGGGUGCCGGAGGCCUGCUGUGUGCUUCUGUCAGUGCCUGAAUGUUACAUUAGAAUCCUGGAACCAUGCUUACAGUUGAAGAGCAUUCAAGUCUGCUGAUUUUGUAGUACCUCGAAGUUGAAUACUUCUUAAUACGACGACCAUACAGAAUGAAAGAAUUACCUGUUUUUCAAAUUUUAGAGUUUGUUCUCUCUAACAAGAUGGUUUACCUUGAAAAGUGAAAGAAUAUUUCUGGACACUUUAAAUGUAGCUGGUAGGCAUAGCAAAAUGCUUUCUUUGAGGAAUGUUUGCUUGUUGAGGCUGAGACAUUUCCAAGGUCGGACUCUGAGCAGUGAUCUGCUUUUGAGCCAGAUAAAUAGCUGCACCCAUGAAGAUGAAGUGUUCAGUCUUGUUGGAAGGAACAAGGCCAGUUUUUCUGAAAAACAUGUGGGGAUUGCAUUGAAUAUGCUGUGGCAGCUGCAAAAGAAGAGGCCACUUCUCUUAAGGACCAGUGACUAUGUAAGAAAUCACUCCCAGUUUCUCACUCUUUGCGUUUUAGCGGAGAACAAAGUGGAAAACAUGGAAGAUGAGGCUGUAGUGGACACUCUGUAUAGUAUACUGAGGCUCAGUGUUGAAGGCCAUAAUUCUCUAGCAGAAGCUCUUGUUACAGAAGCAUGGAAAAGAUUAGAAAGGCUUAGUCUGCCAGCUCUGUCUAAAUUUUCAAUGUGUUUAUACAAGCAGCACAGACAUUUCAGUCCCUUAAUGGGCAAGGUAGCUCAUAUUGUGGAUGAGAAACUGGAUUCUAUACAGGAUAUAAGGAUCUUGUCAGUUUUGAUGAUCAGCAUAUCAGAUGUUAUCUCACAGAGUUUCCGAGAUAGAUUACUACACAAAGCUGAACAGCUCUUGGAAGAAAAUGGUGAAGUCCACUACAAUUAUGCCAAAAGAAUACUACAGUUUCUUCAAAAUUUUAAACUGAGAUAUCAUCCAUUGGUAGAAAAAUGCAACAAGAUUUUCCUUAACAGUGCCUCCCAUCUGGAUAUACACACUAUUAGUCUGAUUUUUGGGCUGGGUUUUGACAAUGCUGAAUUCCGCUUGGUUGCUAAACAGCUGCUGUCUGAAACUAUAGGUGAUUAUGAUGAUCCUGAAACCUUUGCAAAAUUAUUUUUUGCUCUUGGACCUGUGGCAGGAUCCAAGGUAAGAGGAAGGUUGCUGGUAACCGCAGCACGCAUGGCAGAAGAGUUUAGCAGUUAUCAAGUACUGAUAAUACUCAAGACAAUGCAGAAAAUGAAAUGCAGAAAUUCUCAUCUACUCAAAAAAAUGGCUUCUACUUUGCACAAACACUUGUAUAACUAUCACUUACUACAUUUGAUAAAGUUAACGCAGUACUUGGUGGUGUUGCAUUGCCAGGACCUGGAGCUGUUUGCCAAACUAAAAAUGUUACUAAUUGGUUUUUUAAGAUCUAGUGUCAUACCUGCUGAUACUGCCGCAAUAAUUCGUGUUCUGGCCAUGCUUCCCUCUUGUCAAGUGGAGGAAAUCAUUAUAAACAAAGCAGCAGCAGUUCUGCCUCAAUGUAGACUCCAUCAUUUGAAUUGCAUUGCUACAGCUCUUGUCAAAUGGAAUCAUUAUGACCAAUUGCACUGGCAAAACAGUUCUGAGCUAUGUGUAAAGCUCCUGCAAAAACUAAAUGACUGUGGAUUUCAGAGGCUUCAGAAAGCCAACAACUUAAAUCUUCUGUUGGAAGAACUUACACAUCAGAAUGGAAAGUGGUUUGAAGAAGUCCUCUGUGAGGAAACUGUGGCCACAUGUCAACGCUUGAUAGACCAAAUAACACGGUCAAAUGUAUUAGAGUUGUCUUUUUUUCUCAUAAAAACAAACUACCUUUGUCCUUCAUUACUUGACAGAAUAGCUUCUGUGACUGUUGAAAAUAUAGAAAAGAUCCACCCAUUUGAAAUCUAUUUCAUUCUCUUCCUUUUCUCUGCUCUGAAUUAUGACCCGCCUGCCAAUGAAGACUUCUUUGAAAGUUGUAUCCAACAUCUUACUUCUAACUUAAGUUGUUUUGAAACUCACCAUUUGGUGGUGCUUGGUCAUGUUUUGGCAGUGGCUGGGUAUUUUCCUCCAGUUCUGAUAAGAAGGAUAUUUGAUGUUUCUUUCCUAAGCAAAUUGGAUGCUCAGCUUGCAGUCCUGCCUGAUACUGUAAAGCAGGAAGUCAGCUCCUACCUGAUGAAACUGAACAGAGCAGUCUGUCUGGAGUGCCCGGAGUUUCAUAUCCCUUGGUUUCACGAGCGCUACUGCCAACGUGUCUGUCAUACCAGCAGUAGCCGAAUAAAUCCAUUGCGACAGCAUGUGCACAGAAUGCUGACAGAGAUCUUAGGAGGAAGCAAUUAUGCAAGAAUAUCUGUUCUCACACCAUACUACUAUGAAAUAGAUUUUGAGUGCAUUCUGGAUGAAAAUAAAAAGCCUCUUUCCUAUAUGGUUCAGAAUUUACCUUUAGAUAUUGUGCAGGGAAUACAUUUGAGACAUGACAUGAAGGAUGAAGGGAGAAGAGCUUUGCCACCUGGAGCUCAGAGAAUUGCUUUGGAAUUUCUUGAUUCAAAGGCUUUUAGCAAAAAUUCACAUCACCUGAAAGGAGAACCUGCAGCGAAAAAACGACACUUGGAAAUGCUGGGGUACCGGGUGGUUCAGAUUCCUCACUUUGAAUGGAAUUCUAUGGUUCUGUCAACAAAAGGUGAACGGCUAGAAUAUCUGAAAAAGCAUCUGUAUGGAAUACAGUGAUGUCAGACAUGUAGUCAGAAGUAUGUUUUUAUACAGACACAUCAUGUGCCAUUAAACUCCUUAUAAUCCUGAACUAUGUCCAAAAAUCUCUUUAUCUGUGAGUCUGCUGGACCAAAGCUUGCCAUAGGGCAUCAGGUGUCAAGAGAUAUAAUACUCAAUUUGUCUGGGGUUACAAAAGGCAGGUCCCAAGGGGCCAUGAUCUCAUGAGGAUUCUUAGAAUUUUAAGGAUGGUGAAAUUAUCUGGAAGCUAUUCUUCAGGUACAUGAGUCUAAGACAGUUUUGCCAUAAAAUUACAUUAUUAUCUCCUAUAUAAAGCACAGAGGCUUAGCCAGAUACAAAGCUGUCCAAAGAAAAAGUUGGAAAUAGCCUUGACUGUUAGAGAGGGGGCAGCAGAUGUACUGAAAACUAUGUCUGUCUUCCAGCAUGUGACAGAAUGAGCAACAGAGAUCAAACAGUAUCUGUACAGUGAAACCAAGAAACUGAAAUGCAGAUUUGCUAAGAAUAGGACUGCUACUGCAGCCGUUCUCUUUCCAUCUUCCAGAACAGAGGUACUGUGGGUGACUGUGUUGGGUGAGGGUGUUGUGUGGUGAGGAACUGCCAGCUGCUUCUCCUACCCUGUGAUGUGGUGUGUGCAGAAGUAUGGCUUGAGCCUUCUGGAACGCCUUCACAUACCUAAAAGACAGACUUGUUCUAAAGGUCUGGCAGCCACCCAGACCCUUAAAACACCUGUACUCCAGUUCAGUGCAACUAGGAAGGGAUAUCCAAAAGAUUUAUAGAAGAUAAGGAGAAAACAAUGCUUUUGUCAGACAUAGGCACUUGCUAACAACUAAAUAAUUAACGAAAUUGAUUACUGUGGCAUUAUGAAUUGGACUGGCCUUUGUUAACAGAAACAAAAUUAGACAAACUAUCCUAGCUGUUCUAUAAAUAAGACAGUGUACAAAAGAGCAAAAUUAGGCUGAAAUUUGAAACUAAGACCAAGGAAAGUCCUCAGAGAGUGACAUCUAUCUUGGCUACUGGUGGUAAAAAACAUUGCUGGUCUAUUUAUCAUGUUUUAAAACUAUUUGCCAGUUACCAGGCUUCCAGGUUGCCAGGAUCAUGCUCAGCCAGGGUUUGUGUCAGGAGGCACAAGAUACUGGGACACAGAAGGAAGAUGUGCAACAGCCAGGAGAAUGUUUACUGUAGAGCAGUAACUGUAGAGUGGUUAUGCUUCUGCAAAUCAGCCCAUUUUCAGAGGCAGACAUUUUGUUACUACAGCUGCCAUUGCCUCAUAACAACUGCUUGUGGAUAUGUUUUCUAGCCUUUUUAGUAAAAGCGAUAGACAUUCUUCUUAUCACUUCCUUGGAAACCUAGCAGAGGUAAGCAACUGCAUUCCUGAACUGACCAUUAUGCACCUGGCUGUCACUGGUUUUGUUGCUACUCAGUAGCAGAAGAAAAUAUUUUUAUUGACUGUGUACAAAUAAGGACACUAAAUGAAAAGCCAGUAAAACCUGACAACUAUUAUAAACUGUGAGUUGAGGUGACCUAAAGUUCCUCCUGAGGCAGCCCCAUGUUUAUGGGUUGACUGAAAAAACUAGUAGCUUUUAGUCUGUUUGUGGUAUCAAAUGGAUGAAUAUAUGUGCUUUCAGAAAUGUCAUUGAAGGCACAGCACAAAGACUAUAUGCACAUUAUGUUUUGUAUACAAGGGAGAAGAAAUCAUAAAUAGAGGUUAGCAUCUGAGAAGGUGGGCUACAAGUCAGAGGUCUCUUGCAUGACCCUGCUUCUGUACAGAUGGCUUUCAAGUAGCAACCUUGGAGUGUAAGAAAGGUGGCAGUGACUGUAACUAAAGUUAUGUACAUUCACCAUGGCAAAAGGAUUAAAAUCUGCUAUGAGUGGAUUCAGAAAGGGCAUCUAAGAAAAGCAAAAUAUAAGAGUAUUUCAGUAAAUUGUGCUGCUUCUGAUCCUCCUCAGUCAUUCCUUCUAUAUUAAAACACCAAGCGUUAAGAGCAGAUGAGCUGGUGUAAACAAGUGAUUUAACUGGAACCAAUGAAAAGGUGCUAGGAAUAGCUGAACACUUGGGUACUAAAGAG